AUGUUUGCUUGCACCGUGGCAAGUGUUGGAGACGCUGGUGCACUCGCCGCACCUCCGCGAGACGCUGCUCGUGAGUGGACAAUGGCCCCUAUUCUCAUUGGGCGUUGGGGCGAUGGAUGUUUGCUUGCACCGCGGCAAGUGUUGGAGACGCUGCUCGUGAGUGGACAAUGGCCUCUAUUCUUAUUGGGCAUUGGGGCGAUGUUUGCUUGCACCGCGGCAAGUGUUGGAGACUCUGCUCGUGAGUGGACAAAUGGCCUCUAUUCUCAUUGGGCGUUGGGGCGAUGUUUGCUUGCACCGCGGCAAGUGUUGGAGACUCUGCUCGACGCCUCCACGUGUUUGCUGAGGUCGGAGCCCACGACUUACUUGGAAGAUUUCGUAAUGACGGACUACACACUGUACGAAAUGCUCGGCGACUCCAUUAUGCCAAGGCGCACCCUCUUCCCAUAUAAAGAAUCCGUCCCAAGCGAAGAAACGGCCGGCGAGAAGACGCCUGAGGAGGAGUUCACCUAUCCCCCAGUUAGGCCUGUCGUGAAACGGCCCAAAGCAAGACUUCUGCCGGUGACAAGAUCGUCGCGCCCCCCCCUCCACCGGGACGCCGCCUUCGAGGCGACAAGCUUGACGCUACGCAAGCCGCGCCGCAUCACCAUCAAGCUGAAGAACUGCCGCUCGAAGGAGAUACAAAAGCCGAGCUCGGAACCGAAUCCGAGUGUGAGUAGGAGAAACGAUGUGAUCGUCGCCAGCGGCCUCUUGAAUAGGUUUAGAUACAGACUGAGCAAGCCCAGUGACACGUUUCCAAUAUUUGGAGCUUUAACGUUA